AUGGAUGAUUUUAUAGCUACGCCAUCGGAUCUAAGGGGACAGCAGCAUGCAUCCAAGAUGGCGCCCGCCUCUCCGGGCUCGGAGAGUGCGGGGGAAUCCCUGGCGGAGGACACCCAGGCGAGUGACCUAGCUCGGAUCCGAGCCGAACUAACCCAAAUCUCCACCAACAUGCUGUCCAAGUCGGACACGGGCUCCCUAGUACAAGAACUCCGGGCGGCACUGCGUGAAGAGCUUGCAGGCCUCCGCUCUGAUCUAACAGCGCUAGAGCAACGAGUGGAUGAAAUGGAGUCGACAGCUCGCGGAUGUGAAGAGCAGCACAGGGCGACGGAGGUGGCUGUUACCAGACAAGGGAACAUGCUCCUCACGAUGCGCAGACAAGUGGAGGAUCUGGAGAAUAGGAGCAGGCGCAAUAACAUAAGAGUCCGCAGCCUCCCUGAGUCAGGUACAGAAUCGCUUCACGCCACGCUGACCGACCUAUUCAGGCAGCUCCUGGGGGUACAAGCCCCUGACACGAUACACUUCGACCGAGCGCAUAGAGCUCUUGGCCCGGCGAGACAAGAUGGCAGCCCCAGGGAUGUGAUCUGCUGCAUCUCCACAUGUGGCCUGCGAGAUAAAAUAAUGGCAGCCGCAAGGGAGCUCCCAGCAUCAGGUACCGCGAGGCAGAAGUCUCACUAUACCAAGACCUAUCCAGCCUAA